AUGACUUCAAAAUCGUCUGCAUCGAAAAAAUAUGAUGAGUCUAUUUUAUCUGGGAAAGCCAAGAAAACCUCAAAGUCCCAACGUUCUUCAUCGAAAGUCUCUAAUAAGGAUGAAACAAAUUCUUUAGAAAGGUCUUCUCGUCCAUCCCUGUUGGCUAUUAUCAUAGUCUUGCUUGCUGCUAUUUUUUCAUUGAAAAUUUGGCCUGUACAUUUUGAUCAGAUUUACCCACUUAGCAAGAAAGCUUCUCAUAAAUAUAGAUAUAAAAAUAAAGGAGAUUACCAAACUGUUAUUGAGGGAAGGAAUGGUGCAGUCGCUACGGAAGAACACACAUGCUCUGUGGUUGGAACUGAGAUCUUGAAAGCUGGUGGUAAUGCUGUGGAUGCAGCUAUUGCUAGUGGUAUUUGUAUUGGAGCUGUGAAUUCUUUCUCCAGUGGAAUCGGUGGCGGAGGCUUUAUGCUAAUUCGACAUCCUAAUGGAACAGCUCAUUCGCUAAAUUUUAGAGAGACAGCACCGUCUGGUUCUCAUAAAGACAUGUUUCAUGGAAACUCAAAAGUCUCCCAAGUUGGUGGAUUAUCUGUGGCUGUUCCGGGAGAAGUUGCCGGCUACGAAGUAGCAUGGAAGUUGUACGGUAAACUCCCUUGGGCUAAACUCUUGGAGCCUACAAUCCACCUUAUGAAAUAUGGAAUGCCUAUGCCAAAAGAAUUGGCUUCACGUCUUCGUCGUCCGGAAUUUGAUUAUUUCAGAACUCAUCCUACUUGGUCCAAAGUGUAUGCCCCCAAUGGGCGUUUCUUGAGGGCUGGAGAAAAAUUCUACCGUCCAACUCUUGCUGCAACUCUUGAAGAAAUUAGUAAAUAUGGUGCCGAAGUCUUUUAUAAAGGCAGCAUCGCUAAACGAUUAGUAGAUUUUGUUCAAGCGGAAGGUGGUAUUCUCACAAUGGAGGAUAUGGCUAACUUUUCGGUAAAUGUGGAAAACCCAGUUUAUGGGAGCUUUGAAGGCCGUGAAGUUAUCACCUGUGGUGCUCCUUGUAGUGGUGAAGUUUUAAUUUUGGGCCUAAACAUACUUUCUGAGGUAAAUUUCUCUCAGGGAGAUUCCAUUCUAGGAUGCGAGAUUACUGACCUGGGUCUUCAUCAAUUAAUUGAGACUAUGAAGUGGAUGUCUGCUGGCCGUACAUUGUUGGGAGAUCCAACUUUCUUUGACAAUUCCAAACACGUUAUGCAGCUUCUUUCCAAGAGGCAUGCGGAUGAUAUUCGCGAAGACAUAUCCCUAGACCGCACUUAUGAUUUCACCCAUUACCAUGCUGAAUACGAUUUCCCUCAAAACCAUGGUACCACGCAUCUUUCAGUGAUUGACCAAGACGGUAUGGCUGUUGGUUUGACAGCUUCUAUCAAUCUUCUUUUUGGAGCCCAGAUUAUGGAACCCGGAACUGGUAUCAUUUUCAAUGACCAUAUGGAUGAUUUUGCUAGUCCCGGAAUUAUUAAUGCUUUUGGGCUAAGUCCGUCCCCUUAUAAUUUUAUUCAACCUGGAAAAAGGCCGCAGAGUUCUGCUGUUCCUACCAUUCUUGUAAAUAACGGAAGCGUUGAAAUGGUUUUGGGUGGAAGUGGUGGUAGCCGAAUUGUCACUGCCGUUUUGGAUACAAUAAUAAAGAAAUACAAAUGGAAUAAGUCUUUAUUGGAUUCUAUUGAGAGUCCCAGGUUUCAUCAUCAGUUGAUGCCUAAUAUUGCAUACAUUGAUGAAACCGUCGAAGAUGAAGUGAGGCUAGCUUUGGAAAAGUUUGGGCAUGUGAUAGACUUGAUACCUGUCCAAUCUCCAUUCAGUGAAAUCCAAGCAGUUUUUAAGUCGAAUAAUACUUUGUAUGCUGUUAGUGAUAGUAGGAAACAAGCUGUGGCUGCAGCAUAUUAA